AUGGCCACGGAAAUCUCUUUAGCUGAACAGUACAAAAAUAGCGGUAAUACCUGCUAUCAACAAGGCCGAUACGAUGAGGCUGUUCAGUGGUACACGAAGGCUAUUGAUGAAGAAAAAGAUAAUGCCCUUUUGUAUAACAACAGAUCGGCUGCUUAUCUGAUGCUGAACAAGCCUCACGAAGCAUACCAAGAUUCGAAUAAGAGCAUAAACCUCAAUCCGACUUACGUCAAGGCCUUGCUGCGCUACGCCAAGUGCUGUCUUCAUCUGGGGAGGAUUGAGGAAGCCCGAAGUGCCUGUCUAAGUGUCCGAAAUAUUGAACCGCUCAAUUCUGAAUUACCGGGUCUAGUGAGUGUUUGGCUUUCUGAUGCUAACAUUCUUGACCAGUGUGAACAGAUUGAUCUAUUACAGCAAACCUUUGAAAAUUACAAGAAACAAAUAGCAGUCCCGGACUUUCGAUAUGCUCUUCAUUUGGUCACAAAGUGUACAGAGAUAGCUCCGGGUUCUUUGGAUUACAGCUUAAAACAGUUAGAUCUUCUUCUCCAAUUGAAACGCUUCACUGAGGCUAAACAACGGGUCGAAAUGAUUCUUCGAACAAACGAAGCCAGUGCUGAGCUUCUGUAUUAUCGCGGUCUGUGUCUAUUUUAUUUGGAUCAUCUGGACAAGGCGAUCAGCCACUUUCAGCAUGUACUUCGUUUGCAUCCGGACCAUGUAGAAACACAACAAGCUUAUAAGCGCGCGAAAACUUUGCUACGGUUGAAGGAGACGGGAAACAAGUUCAUCCACGAGCGACGAUUCUCCAAAGCAUACGAGACGUACACAGAAGCUCUGAAGGUGGAUCCGCUACACGAUGCUAUGAACGCCAAGUUGUUGUGCAACAGAGCGUGUGCUGGAUACAAUUUGGAGAAAUACGAAGAGGCCCUGGAAGAUUGCAACCGUGCGAUUUCGUUGGACCCAUCCUACGUGAAAGCCUUCGUUAGGCGAGCCAAAUGGUAUGCAUGUUUGCAAAUUAUCCAUAGUGGUAAUGUCAAUGCAAUGCUUUAG